AUGCGUAGCCAAAAAAAAAAAACUACCGAGGAUCGUGCUUGGCCAGCAACACAGCUCGGUGCUGACAUCUUCUCUAGGAUGAGUACACGUAACGUAGAUGACUGCAUAAGAAGUGCUGUGGCACCACGAGGGGGCCUGUAAUAAAUUCAGACACCAGUAGCGCAGCCCAUCUUCGCUGCAACAGCAGGGGUGGAGGCGAGGCAGCACGGAGUCACACAGGCGCGCGCUCCCACAAAUCGUCGGGCUGGAAACGAGGCAGGGAGCCGCGCGCACUGUUUUAGUGGAAGUGUCCUAAACCGCAAAACGGACAUUUAAAAGUUUAUUUCAAGCCCUCCGCGAUAAGCCGGCCUGACAGCACCGAAUCUCUGAGAGCAAGAGUCAUCAGCACAUAUUCCCAUCAGGGAUGCGGGUCCUUCCAGCAGGCGUGUUCUGAAUCCGAGCACACAAGCGCGCGAGCACGCACGCUGCCAGUAAUGUCAGAGAGGGAGGCUGGCUGUGAGCUGGCCUUGGCCCCGGGCCAGGUUUAUGUGGAGGUGGAGUAUGACUACGAGUACAAGGCCAAAGACAGACUCAUCUCCAUCCACCAGGGCGAAUGCUACACGCUGGUGAGGAAAACCAAUGACGACUGGUGGCAGGUGCGUGGAGAAGAGGGCACCAAGGCCUUCUAUGUGCCCGCCCAGUACGUGCGCGAAGUGAGACGGGCACUCCUGCCACCCCCCAAACCUCGUGCCAAGCCCCCAACGCUCCUCCACAUCAACCAGUGCCCUUCAGUGAACGACAACCUCCAGCACCGGGCUCCUCCGGACAUGCUCAGCUUUGGACGCCCACCCCCUUGCAACACGCCUUCCCCUUUGCCAGGGCAACAGACCCCACCCUUGCUGAUGCGGGACUCCAAUCAGAACCCAGGCAUGAAGGACGUGCUCGCGGAGCUCACUCUCCUUAAUAAUAACCAUCACAAUCAUCACCAUGGCAACUCGCUGCUGGCGCGCAUCCGGCCUGAGUCACCUCCCAAGGAGCCAGGUUGCCGGGGGAAGACCCCAGGAGGGUUGCCGUUGGAUACAGAUGCAUCCUCCCCUGGAGAAGGAUCGGAAAAAUUGCGGAACGAUUCUGAAUCGGGAGACGAACUGAGCAGCAGCUCCAUGGAGCACACACAGACGGUGUCCCCCAGUGGACAGGGCCGCUCUGAGUCCCCUGUCUACACCAACCUAAAGGAGCUGAAGAUCUCUCAGUCCUCUCUGCCCCCUGUGCCCGCCUCCUCUCCCUUGCACAUACUGGGGGACUGGGAGACCCACAAGGAUGCGAGUGGCAGGCAUUUCUACUACAACCGCAGCACCCAGGAGAGGACCUGGAAACCACCGCGCUCACGAGAUCACAAUGGAGCUGGCCGCGGGGACGUGGCCAACACUGGCGACAUGGAGCCACUGUCCUCUGAAGAGAACUGUCCCAGUGUUCACUCCAGUCAGUCAGACAGUCAGUAUGGAUCACCCCCUAGAGGCUGGUCAGAAGAACUGGAUGAAUAUGGUCACACGCUCUAUGUGUGUGAAUACAACAAUGAGAAGUGGAUAAAGCAUGUGGAUGAGCAGGGCAGGCCAUACUAUUACAUUGCUGAUGGAUCCCGCUCUGAGUGGGAGCUCCCUAAAUACAAUCUUUCCCCUCCAAACUUGGGAGAAGCUCCUAAAAGCUACAGUCUGGAAAGGAAGCAGCCAGAUCCUAUUGUUCUGACCAAGUGGAGAUACAGCACCUGUGUACUAGACCAUAGUGAAAAGGAGUCUGGGACCACCAAACACACCUCCCCUGACUCCCCUGACUCCUGUCCCUCCUCACCUAAACACUCCUCUACACCCUCAGAAAAGUGUGGAGUCCUCAAUGUCACCAAGAUCACUGAGAAUGGGAAGAAAGUCAGGAAGAACUGGACAUCCUCCUGGACAGUUCUGCAGGGUUUCACGCUGCUCUUUGCUAAGGGCCAGACAAACGCCACCAGCUGGUCGUACUACCGCAAUGGCUCAUUCCCUGAGCUCCUCCUCUCGUUGCUAAGCAACUGGAAGCGUUCAGUUAAGCCCCGCCCUGCGGUCUCCUAUAAGCACUUUGGGCGUGGCCAGCCUUCCUUUUUUGGAGGAAACCAGUCAAAGCCGGAGUUCACUGUGGACCUCCGUGGUGGUUCAGUGGAGUGGGCAUCCAAGGAGAAGUCCAGCAAGAAACAUGUCCUUGAGCUAAAGACACGUCAGGGCACAGAGCUGCUGAUUCAGUCCGAGAUAGACAGUGUCAUCACCGAUUGGUACAAGACACUCGCUGAGACCAUCAAUACACAUGCCUGGGAGUCAGAUGAAGCUAUUGAAGAGGACAUGCCAGAGUCGCCAGGGACUGAAAAACAAGACAAAGAGCACAGAGAGUUGAAGAAAAGCAAACUCAUGAAGAGUUCUGGCAGUUUGGAAUCAUCAGAUCAGAAGAAGACCAAGGUGAAGCUGAAGAAAUUCCUCACACGAAGACCAACCUUACAGGCUGUCCGAGACAAGGGCUAUAUCAAAGAUCAGGUGUUUGGGUGCAGUCUAACCAGUCUCUGUGCUAGGGAGAACACUUCAGUACCCGACUUUGUCCGAAUGUGUAUCGAGCAUGUAGAGAAGUCAGGUUUAGACAUUGAUGGAUUGUACAGAGUCAGCGGCAAUCUGGCUGUCAUUCAAAAACUACGUUUUGCUGUAAAUCACGAUGAGAAGGUGAAUCUAGAGGACAGUAAAUGGGAGGAUAUUCAUGUGACCACGGGUGCCCUGAAGAUGUUUUUCCGGGAGCUUCCAGAGCCUCUCUUCACCUAUGCUUCCUUCAAUGACUUUGUUAAUGCCAUCAAAAACUCAGAUUACAAGCAGCGAGUGCAAGGCAUAAAAGAUUUAAUCAAACAGUUGCCAAAACCGAAUCAGGAAACAAUGCAAGUGCUAUUCAAACAUCUGAAAAAAGUGAUUGAUCACGGAGAGGCAAACAGGAUGACUACUCAGAGCGUGGCCAUCGUGUUUGGCCCCACCCUCCUUCGACCUGAGACGGAGACAGGCAACAUGGCCGUGCACAUGGUCUACCAGAACCAGAUUGUGGAGCUCAUCCUACUGGAACAUGAAAGCAUCUUCGGCAGGUAGAGCAUGUGUUGGGUGUACAACAAUUCCCAUGCUCCCCUGCUCCAGAUGUGUCCAGAGAACACAUUGCCAAAACAUUACCAUUGCACAAUCCACCGCGCAAAUGCAAAAGCAGGCUUCAGUUGUUAUGGACCAAGCUUAACAGAAAACAUAUAGAGUGAAGAAUGACUGUAUGGUGAUGGUUUCAAAGUGUUUGGAAUGCAAGAACAGGGAAAGGUACUUUAUGCACUUCAUGCUUUUGGAGUUUUGAUGUACAGUUUUUGUUUGUUGUUUUUCCAUUUGUUUUGGGUUUUUUGUUUUUGUUUUUUAUUUUUUUAUUUACCAUUCCUGAGAAGGAGCUACUUUUCUUGGUUGAGAAUAAGCUGGAUGGACCUUUUGAAGAAUUUAAAAUGGUGGAUAAUCCUGUAUUUGUGCUAUUGUGAAGGUUGGAAACGUUUACUCAUUGAUCACGACGACACUCAAGACUUGACCGCUAUGGAUGUCUUGGAUGAGACUGCUGUCAACUGAGAAUAAUGGGAUAUGAAGUUAUUUGACAUGUAUGUGUAUAUUGAAGAAUGAAGUAAACCUGAAACUGGAUCAGCAUUUCAUUUCAACCCACUUGUCUAAUCAGUACUUGGAGGUUCCGAACAUUUUUACUUGAAAUAAAGUGAAAAUGGGCUGUUUUGGAAGACAGUAUUAUUUCACAAAGACUACUAAUUAAUGGACAGAAAGAGCCAAUUCAUAAUGGAUAAUUAUGGGUAAUGGCUUAUGGUCAGUAUUUGAACUGGACUUCUGUCAUUGUGAACAUUCAAAAAGAUUGACAUGGCUUACUGGACUUGUUCUUCAUCCUUUUCUGCUGUUCUCAAAAAGCCUACAAUAUCUGCCUUUUUGACUGCAACCCCUAUUCCAUUGCUAUUGGAUUACUGGCCUAUUCAUCUCCUCACAUCAUCUCCUCUCCUACCCAAUAGGAUCUCAGAGUGCCUCUGUGGAGAAGCUUGGAGAAACCCUCCAUCUUAAAUCGCUCAUCCAGUAACUACAAAGCGGCAGUUUGAAGAAAAAUGUGUGAUGAUGUGUUCACACCUGUGGGCAGGGCAGCGUUAAUGUUUUGAUGACGUGUUAACGUAUGACACAGUAGCAACUGGAAGUGCAGAGUCUUCCAGGAAGACUCUAUUAGGGGAAAUGAAACAACCCGCAGGUGCUCGGGGGUUAAUUAGAAAUUUGGUGGUAGGUUACUGUCCUCUCAUUUCCUUUCAUCCCUCGCUGUCAUCUUCUCAGUUUCUUCCUCUGCUUUUCUGCCUUUCCCUCUCCAUGCCUUUCUUUUUCACUCUGGUUUUACUGGAAUUUGAAAGGAGAGAUGUUGAAGUUUGUGUUCAGUUCUUGCCGGCACGGUUUCAGAUCAAUAGAGAUGCUCGCUCUGAUACUCCCUCUCUCUUUACUUCGACCUUUUUUCCUUGGCUUCCACAUAAGAAUGAAUGUUAUAACACAGGAAAGGUACUGGAAACUGUUCUGUUGUGUUCAGUUAAGCAUUGUGAAUCCCUCCUUUUUUAAUAUAAGAUUUCACGAGCAUAUGUAUACAUUACAUUUAAACAUUAGAUGCACCAGUUUAAGAAUGCUGAUAGCAAUUGAAGUGCAAAAAUUGCUUUAAUAUUACAUUUACUAAGAAAAUAAAUAUUAAAUAUUAAUUAUUGCUUCAGGAAAAAGAGGGUGGCAUAGCAAUGCAUUGUGAAGAGCACAUUUUGAAUGUAAUUCUGAGACUAACUACUGUUUCUGACAUUGACAUGUCUAAUCCUAAUUAAAAAGAAAACAAAUCACA